GUAAAAUUUUCAGAGAAAAUUUAUCAAAAGAGAAAGUGCCAUAUUAGAGCAUAAGCGUGUCGAAUGCAGCCCCAUGGUUGCGGGAGUCUCAACUUGAUUUCUAGUCCACCUUUUCUUCAAAACUUUUGCUGGAAAGAUGGCUUUCACUCCUUUGCGAGUUGGCCACAAACUGAUCAACCAGUGUUGUAAUGCACUGGUUCCAAGAAUUAGUAUUUUCAAAAUACAGCAUGCCAGCAUUUCCGGGAAAACUAUGCGAACUGAACAAGUUGAAAAACCAAAGCCAUGGCCGUACAAAGAGCGAGGGUAUUCCAACUUGCAAGCUUAUUUCGACUAUACAACAAAGAGACUAGAUGACAAUUCAAAAGUCAUCCUCGUUGAAGGGUUGCCUUGCAUUGGAAAGACGGAAGUUGCAAAGGGAUUGGCGGAAGAAUUGGGCAUGAAACAUUUUCCAAUGGUAACAAUGGACUCUUACUAUAUCAAUGCUUAUGGAUACGACAUGCGUAAACUAGACCCCCAAAUACCUUCCCAUCUCAGGAGUUUCAGCUUGGAGGAUUUCAUUAAGAAUCCUUCAGACGAUAGAACUCCUAUCUUACAAUUUACAAUGUUCUAUCAAAAGCUCUUCCAGUAUAUUGAUGGGCUUGCGCACUUGCUAAAUACGGGACAAGGGGUUAUUCUCGAGAGAUCAGUGUACAGUGACCUUGUAUUUUUCGAGACAUUGUUUGCUUUAAAACACGUUGAUCGUUGGGAGCGCAAAGGGUAUUACGAAUGGCGAGAUAUUGCGUUACCUGAGUUGAUGAAACCACACCUUGUAGUGUAUUUGGAUGCUUCUCCGGCAACGGUAGAAGAAAAUCUAAAACGUCGAGGAAAAGGAGAGGAAAAACACAUUAACAAAAAUUUCUUGGAAAUUCUUGAUAAAAACUACAAAGAACAAUUUUUGCAAACUAUCAGUGAACACGCCGAAGUAUUGGUCUACGAUUGGAACACACCUGGAGACCCAGAAAUAAUUGUUGAGGAUAUUGAAACGAUUGAUUUUGAUAGGUUUGAUAUACUUGAUCCAAAAAUGGGGGAUUGGCGACUGAAGGAAGAAUGGGACUGGAAUGAGAAGCGUUACAAUUUCACGCAUGGAUCAAGCAGAGCAAUUUUGGCAAAUGGACUACUUCACCAUUACACAGAAAGCACACCCAGACUUAAUUGGACUGCUCAAGAAGCACUCGUUAUGAAUAAAAUCAUCGAAUCUGCCCCCGGAAUGAAAUAUGAAACCGGAUACAAUGUUGAUCAAGGAGAUAAUAUCUUGUUCAAAACUAAAGACCACACACCUUUUGUGCGCGAUCAACAUUAGUAAUUAUGAUAACAACUUGCAACGUAGUUUUAUAAUUCAGUUGCUGCCGCAGAACCAGUCAAAAACAUAAAUGCUAUUAGAGUUAAUAACUUUAUUUGUCAAAAUUCCCCCCAUAAAUUGUUUUAUGUCGAGAAGACAAGUACUUCCUCCAUGUAUAUACUUCAGUUUAAAUAAAUGUCGAUAAAAAUUAUUAAUUUA